AUGAGCUUUGUUUUACCGGUUGAACAGGUAAGGGAACAGAUUUUGGAGAAAAUAAGAAAACAUCAAGUGACUGUGAUAUCUGGAGAGACAGGUAGCGGUAAAUCUACGAUUAUACCCAGAAUUGUGUAUGAAAAAUAUCUAAAUGAACGUGGAAAUGUAGUUAUUACACAGCCUAGGAGAGUGGCUGCAAUAUCUCUCUGUAAAUAUGUAUCGCAACUUAUGAACACAAAGGUAGGAGACGUUGUAGGAUUCAAAGUGAGAUUUUUCAAUAAAACAAGUCAAAACACUAGGAUUAAAUUCGUUACAGAUGGUAUCCUAAUAAGAGAAGCUAUAGAAGAUCCACUUUUCACGAGCUAUUCCGUCCUUAUCAUAGACGAAGUACAUGAACGCUCCAUACGCUCGGAUGUGUUACUUGGUAUCAUCAAGCUGUGCCUGGAAAAACGAGAGGAUUUAAAGGUCAUAGUAAUGUCGGCUACACUUGAAUGCAACAACUUCCAAGAUUUCUUUCCAAACUCUGGUUAUAUCCAUGUGCCUGGUAGACAAUAUCCCGUUGAUAUCUUUUACAUGCCAAAAGCUUAUGAAGACUAUAUAGAGGCUGCAAUGAUUGCAGUACUGCAAAUCAAUUUGACCAGCAAUAACGGCGAUGUACUGGUAUUCCUUCCAGGACAAGAUGAUAUUGAGGUACUUGAAAAACUCUUGAAAGAAAAGUGUGAUAUAUUGGACAAAUCACUCAAAGAUUAUUCAAAGAAUAACAAAGUGGAAAAUGCUGAAACCUUGCGAAAACGAGCAAAUAUAAAAAUAGGAGAAAUGACAUACGACAUGAACAAGUGGAAAGACUUAAACAUUCUUCCACUAUAUGCUGCAUUGUCAAUAGACAAACAAUCUUUAGUAUUCAAUGAGACCCCUAAAAAAUGUAGAAAGGUCGUGUUGGCCACGAAUAUCGCAGAAACAUCACUAACUAUACCGGGGAUACGCUAUGUAGUAGACACUGGUCUGGCCAAAGAGAGGAAGUUUCUCACAAAAAGCAACUUUGAAGCACUGACAAUUAAUGUAAUUUCAAAGGCUUCAGCAAAACAGCGUGCAGGAAGAGCUGGGAGAGAGGGGCCAGGGAAAAUAUAUCGCUUAUAUACAUUUGAUUCGUUUAAUAAGAUGAAAGAGUUCUCCACUCCCGAAAUUCAAUCUGUAGACAUUUCUAAUGUGUAUCUGGAGCUGAAGAUGAUUGGGAUUAAAAACCCAAUUGAAUUUCCAUUUGUGGACCCUCCUUCUAAAAACUCCUUCCUAUCUGCGGCCAUGAGUUUAUAUAGACUAGGUGCAAUAACUUCAAAUGGAGUUUUAACAGACACAGGGAAAUUAAUGGGAAAAAUACCUCUAUUACCUAUUCACUCUAAGCUAUUGUUAACAUCCAUCGAGUUCGAAUGUGUUUCGGAAAUUUUGACCAUAGUAUCAAUGUUGUCAACCGAAAUCACCUUUUUUGAAAAUGAAAAAUACAAUCCUGGAGCAUCUAAGAUGAGAAGGAGUAUAAGCCAUAUCCAUGGAGACCAUCUGACUCUACUCAAUUUUUACAAUUUAUGGGACAAUGCGCCCUCAAAAGAUAAUAUAUGCGGGCAAUUUGGAUUCAAUAAUAAUGCAUUUCUCAGAGCGAGUGAUAUCAGAAAGCAACUAGCUUCCGUUAUGAUGUCUAAUCCCAUAAAUCUUGUGAAUAUUACAAAAUGUAAAGACUCAACACAAUGGGACAAUGUCAGAAUGUGUAUCGCAAAAUCAAUGUGGAUGAAUUCUGCAAAACUUUCGGUUGAUUCCAAAUCGUACACUACUAUGGUAAGAAAUAUACAAUAUUCACAUUCCAAACAGGUCAACAAUCAAACCGUUCACAUUCAUCCAUCUUCUGUUUUAUUUAAUCGGCAACCGCUUCCUGGAUUUAUCGUUUAUAACGAGUGUACCAGUACAAAAAAGGUUUAUAUUCACAAUGCUAUUGAAAUUUCCAACGAAUGGUUGAUAACAUAUCUACCAAAAUGGUUUAAACGUAAUGAAUAA